GCACGUGUCCUGUGCUGAUUCAUUGCCUAGGACGAGACCAUGCAGCUGGAGAUCAAAGUGGCCCUGAACUUCAUCAUCUCUUAUCUAUAUAACAAGCUGCCCCGGCGCCGGGCAGACCUGUUCGGGGAAGAGCUAGAGCGACUCUUGAAAAAGAAGUAUGAAGGCCACUGGUACCCUGACAAGCCACUGAAGGGCUCUGGCUUCCGUUGUGUCCACAUUGGGGAGACGGUGGACCCCGUGGUGGAACUGGCUGCCAAGCGGAGUGGCCUGGCCGUGGAGGAUGUGCGGGCCAACGUGCCUGAGGAGCUGAGCGUCUGGAUAGACCCUUUCGAGGUGUCCUACCAGAUUGGGGAGAAGGGGGCUGUGAAAGUGCUGUACCUGGAUGACAGCGAGGGCUGCGGGGCCCCUGAGCUGGACAAGGAGAUCAAGAGCAGCUUCAACCCCGACGCCCAGGUUUUCGUGCCCAUCGGCAGCCAGGACAGCUCCCUGUCCAACUCCCCGUCACCAUCCUUCGGCCAGUCACCCAGCCCCACCUUCAUCCCUCGCUCUGCCCAGCCCAUCACCUUCACCACCGCCUCCUUUGCUGCCACCAAGUUUGGCUCCACCAAGAUGAAGAAGGGCGGUGGGGCAGCGAGUGGAGGGGGUGUGGCCAGCAGCGGGGGGAGUGGCCAGCAGCCACCGCAGCAGCCCCGCCUGGCCCGCUCCCCCACCAACAGCCUGCUGAAGCCCAAGAGCCUCUCUUUAUCUGUGCAUUCUCUGAACUUCAUCACGCCCAACCCAGCCCCACAAUCCCAGCUCUCGCCCAACGCCAAGGAGUUUGUGUACAACGGCAGUGGGUCACCCAGCCUCUUCUUUGAUGGGGCUGAUGGCCAAGGGAGUGGCACCCCCAUCCCUUUUGGGGGCAGCAGUGGGGCCAGCACCUGCAGCAGCAGCACCUUUGACGUGGCCCAGGUAUUCGGGGGUGGCGGCAACAGCCUCUUCCUGGAGAAGACACCCUUCGUGGACGGCCUCAGCUACAACCUGCACACCAUGCAGUAUCCUAGCCAGCCCUUCCAGCCAGUCGUUCUGGCCAACUGACCAGUGAUCCAGCCCCGGGGCCAGGAGCCCGAGACCAUGGAAAAUAGGAAAGAAAGGAAAGGCCA